UUUCGAGAUGCAAACCUUCGUCUAGGGUUUAAUACGCAUGGCCAGAACCUCCAGGGGACGCUCUCUCUGUGACUGGUGCCCAAACCUAAAGAAGGAUAGAAGCUAAUAGGGCAAUUCCUUUGAGGAGUCGUCCAACAAAGGAGAAGAACCAUGAGCAAGCUGCAGAGCGAUGUGUUAAGAGAGGCUAUCUCUCAGAUUAUGAAUGAUACUAAGGAGAAAAAGCGCAACUUCACUGAGACCAUUGAGCUGCAGAUUGGGCUAAAAAAUUAUGACCCACAAAAGGAUAAGCGGUUUAGUGGUUCUGUGAAGUUGCCACAUAUUCCGCGUCCGAAGAUGAAGGUUUGCAUGCUUGGUGAUGCUCAACAUGUGGAAGAGGCUGAGAAAAUUGGACUGGACUACAUGGAUGUUGAAGGGCUAAAGAAGAUGAACAAGAAUAAGAAGUUGGUCAAGAAGCUCGCAAAGAAAUAUCAUGCAUUUUUAGCAUCUGAGGCUAUUAUUAAGCAGAUUCCUCGACUUUUGGGCCCUGGUCUUAACAAGGCAGGUAAAUUUCCAACAUUGGUUACACAUCAGGAAUCUUUAGAGGCCAAAGUCAACGAGACCAAAGCAAUGGUGAAGUUUCAGCUGAAGAAAGUUCUUUGCAUGGGUGUUGCUGUUGGGAAUUGCGCAAUGGAGGAGAAGCAAGUAUUUCAAAAUGUGCAACUCAGUGUCAACUUCCUGGUGUCUUUGUUGAAGAAGAAUUGGCAGAAUGUGAGAUGCUUGUACUUGAAGAGCACCAUGGGAAAACCUUACCGCGUGUUCUAAGAAAACUCUUUGCAAAUCUGAUGGUUGAUUAACAAUGCUUGGGUUGACCUGCCAGAUUUCUUUCUUUUAUUAUCAUUAUCAUGCCAAAUCUCCUCUCUCCCCCCCCUAGUUCUUUAGUUUGAACUUUCUUUAAAUGUUCAUCUGUUAAAAUGAGAGUUGUAGGUCAAGUUUUUUUUAUUUUUUUGCUUAUAAACUGAAAGUUCUGUUUUGGCCUCAUAUUUGAGAAACUUAGUUGAUGGUUAUGGUUCAAAUUCAGAUAUUGUUAUACCAGUUUGGUUUGCCACCAUUAUUAAAUGAUCGGUGAAAUUCACCAUA